UAAUAUUUAUGUAUAUUUUGUAUGAUACAUUAUGAUAGCAAUUUAUUGAAAAUAAAUAUUGUUUAAACUUUAAAUCAAAGAAGUCCCUUCAUUGAAGUUUGAAAUUAUAUUUUGAUAAUUUUCACUGUGAAAUUAUGAAAUAUAAUUUUCAAGGAUAAAUCAGUAAUCCACUCAAAAGCAUAAAAAAGAUCAUACUAGAAAUAUUAAAGUCAGUGUUUAAAAAUAGUAAAAGGUUAAAUAAGACAAAAAAUAUUGAUUGAAAUGAAACAAUGUUAUAAUAAAAGAUAGAUUAAAAGAUAAAGUGAACACUCACGUGACAAACUAUAAACAUAUUCGGAAAGUAAAAUAUAUUACCAAAAAAUGAGCAAUUGCAUGCUUUUUACUCGAAACAAAAUAAGGCUCUAACCACUUCACUGACCAUGUCUACUUUUAUUCUAUAAGAUUGCAAUAGAAAUGCAAAAUGUAAUAAAUCAUAACUUGCACAAACUAAUUCUAGCAUAUUGGUAGCACGUUAUCUUGUCCGACUUUAAGUUAUGUAAAUAAAAGUAUACGAUUUGUAAAGGUCAAUUCUGACGGUCAUACGUGUAUAAUGAUAAUAUUUUGUAGAAUAUUAUUUAAAACUUUAUCUUUACUUGGCCCUUUGUAAAAAUGCUAUGAUGACGGGAUAAUAUGCAUGUUAAGUUAAUCAUCUUACUUUUGGAUAGAGUUAUAAAAGAUCAACUUGGAUUAAAUUAGCCUUAAAAUAUUUGUACACUGACCAACUAAACUAACAAAAAUCUAAAAGAAAUCAUUAAUCAAUAUUUGCAUGGGGAAUAAGUUCCGGUUUUGACCGGCUGUCCUAUUUAUGUGACAAACCAAUUAUUUCACAACCUUAAAAUUGUUCUGAAAAUAAAGUAGAUUAUAACUGCCGAAACAUUAAAAAAGGCCAAACAACUUUGUUAUAUUUUUAUACGUGUUUUUUUUAGAGUAAUAGGAGAAUAACACGUGUAUUUUCUUACCUGUGGGAGGUUAAGCAGUCCAGUAACUUGUGGGCAAAGACCUACUCAGAAUGAAGUUUUAAGGAAAAUGCUAUCUGUCUCAGUAAUGUACUAAGAGUUUCUGUUGUUGUUCAUGAUGCAAAGAACGGGACCAAUGAUAUCUUUAAAUCAAAGGGCUGCAAGCUCUGCGGUAUUUUCUGAUCUUUGCAAUCUAAAUCGUACUGUAUCUCUGUAUGUAUUUUCCUGUAUAAGUUUAUUUUUAUAUACUAUAAUUCAUCUUGCAGGGCACCGAGAUGCAGCGACUGCGUUUAGAUUUUUUUACUAUAACAGUUUGAGUUUGGUCACGCCUACUAAACAGUGGCUCUUUCACAUUGUGGUGAUUUGUGUAAAAGAGAGCCAUCGACACUUCCGUUAUGAAGCCGUCGACCAAAACAAAGCAGAAAACGCUCACAAAAUUAAUAAUGGCCAACAUUGUUGGAUUUGUUGGUAUUGGAUUAUCUGCAUUAGUGAUUGCUCUUGCGUGUGCCUCUCUUUCCUCAAAAUACUGGCAAACUGUCGAAUUAGCUGGCGGAGUAGCAAAAUUAAACAUGGGAUUAUGGGAUUAUUGCUUAGAAGUGUCCGGAACAAAAACGUGUACCAAAAUCAAAGACGAGAGUUCAAUUUCAGACGAAGCAAAAGACGACGCAAACGCUUGCAAGGCAAUGAUUUUUGUCGCUAUAUUUGUAACGCUUGCAGCUUCUAUAACUGGUGGUCUUGUUAUGUUUGCGUUGAAAGAGAAGAAGAUACUAUACUUUGUGGCUGGUGGACUCGAUAUUUCUGCUGGUAUAUUUUUUAUGAUUGCUAUGGCAAUAUAUGUAGAGAAGUUAAAGAAUGACGAAUCGGAUCUACACGUUGGUUUUGCCUUGGAUGUAGUAAGCUGGAUAUUAGCUUGGGCCGCUGGAGGAAUAUUCUUUGGAGCUAAAUUUAUGGAUAAGGAUUAACAUUCAAAUAUUACAAUAUUUUACUCGUUAUCACGUUUACAUUCAAAGAAAUGUUUGCAUGAAUUUUAUACAUGGAAUUUAUGUUAAAAAAUUCUUUUCUUUCAGUUUGUCUAUGUAAUCUUGAAACAAGCUGAUGUGUAUAUGUUAUUAAUGCGAAUAGUGGAAAACAAAAAGAAAACUAUGGAACAAAUAUGGAAUAAAAGUUAAAUAUGUAA